GCCCUUUUUUUCUUUUCUUGCUUUUUCUUCUUUUUUCUCUCCCACAUUCUUCUAUUUGUGAGUUGUUUAGAAAAAGAAAAAAAAGAAAGAAAAGACAGAAAAAAAAGGCAAAAAACCCCCCUGAAUGAAGGCCCCGACCUGUCCACUACCAACCUGCUCGACCCCACGCUGUUCCAUGCUUUGAGCUCCCCUCCUUUUACGGAGCACCUUUUUUUUUUUACUUUGCUUCUCCCUCCUGAACCACUCUGCAAACCUUCUGCCUUUUUUUUUUCAGCAAGCCAACUCUUUUUUUCGUCCAACGACGCACUUAGAUGACGUUCCUGCUUCGCCGGAACGCUACUCUUGCGAAAACACUAUAUAGAGUGACCUGUCCCCGCCAGCGAUCCAUCCCUAUGUCGACCUCAGGCCCGCUGAACAACAAAGAAAAGGACUACUUCAGAAACAUACAAAGAAUGGCUACGCCUAAAGUCCAGACGACCGUUCCAGACGCAUACCAGCAAGCUCUCGUCAGAAACAGCGAAUGGGCCUCUAAAACUGUCGAGGAGCAACCUCUUCUCUUCCCUAAACUCGCGUCCGGCCAACAUCCAGAGAUCCUGUGGAUUGGAUGUGCCGACUCCCGUUGUCCCGAGACGACCGUCCUCGGUCUCCAGCCUGGUGAUGUGUUCGUCCACCGCAACAUCGCCAACGUCAUCCAGUACAACGACCUCAGCUGUGCCAGCGUUCUCGAGUUCGCCGUCAUCUACCUGAAGGUUAAGCACAUCAUCCUCUGCGGCCACACCUCCUGCGGUGGUGUCGCUGCCGCGCUCUCGAACAAGAAACUCGGUCUGCUGGACACCUGGCUCAUGCCUCUGCGCAGACUGCGUGAGCAGAACCUGGACCUCUUCAAGAACCUAGAUGCCAAAGAGGCCGCCGUGAAACUGGCGGAGAUCAAUGUGCACAAUGGGCUGCGUGUCCUGAAAGAGAACAGCGCUGUGCUGGACGCUAUUCAGGAGCGCGGGCUGAAGCUUCAUGGUCUCAUAUAUGAUGUCGGAAGCGGAAAGUUGCGCGAGCUUGACACCGAGGAGCCGAUGGAGGUGAUCGCCAGACGGUUAACGGCAUUUAGAACUGUCGCUGGUGAGAUGAAAUGAAGUGGGACGUACAUCAUAGAAAUCUUAUUGGGACGGGGUGUUUCCGGGUCUAGUCAACUUUUUUUCUUCUUUUUUUUCUUUUUUUCUUUUUUGGGAUGAAAUGUUUUUAUCUGCUCUCGCUAGAUCUAGAGGAUCCAGGCCAUCGCUCGGCUCCGUGGGAUUUCGGGCCGAAGAGAUUUUUAGAGAAUGUCUUUUUUUUUGGGGGGUUGGGGGGUGUUUACCUUUUUAAAUUGCGACGCAGAUAAGGCAUGAACUUAUCUUCCCAGUUUUAACUAGGGAUUUGGACAGUUUUGCAGUCAAAGAAUAGAAGUCUGCAGUUCAGCGUUCGCA